UGGUAGUAUUAUUUGGGUGGUGGACUCACGACUUUUGCUGUCAGUGUCUUGAGCCUUGUGGAGUUGUGGUGUAAAAACAAUACAAGUAUUUGUUCUGCAAUUCUGCAAAGGCUCCUUAGUCCUUCCCCUUCCCCAUCUCAUUAUCUUCAUUACCAUUAUCUGAUCUCUUCAUUACCAUUAUCUGAUCUCCUAAUAAGUUCUUAAUAUCCCAGCAAAUUACAUUAAUUUCUUCAAGUUUGCACGCAUUUGACUAUAUAUACAUAUAUAUAUAUAUACAAGUCAUACAAAACAAUAGAGUAUAUUGUAUUUAUAUACUCAAUUUCCUUUUUGUUCAUAUAAAAAACGAAAUAAUUUUCGCACUGUUUCAUCUCAUAUUUCCAUCUCUGUAAUAGAUCUAUUAUCUUAUUGCAUUGGUACGUAAAUGGUAACUAGCCAGAUCUCCUAGAGUGUAUAUAGAUUGCUAACGUUAUCCAAGAGGUAUAUGUAUAUAUACAUUUUUAGGAGUGGACAAAACCUAGAUUAAGCCAACAGAAAGCAGAGAUCACACCUGGCCUACAAAUACACUAGAUAGAAGUUGCAUUUCCAUGAAAUAAUAAUAUUCAUAUAUAUAUUUACAAUUGUCUGUAUAUGAAUAUCGAACGCAGUUCAAACCCAAAGCAAAACCGUAUUACUGACACUAGUAGCUAGCCAGCUAGGAGUGGAGUAUAUAUUAAUAGAAGUCAGAUGCAGAAAGAAGAAAACUACACGGGGGCCUCCGAAUAUGAAGCAGGAGGGAGAUUUGGCAUCGCCAACGAUGUGGACAACUCUUCUGUUGCUCCUAAUCCCACAUAUCAUCAUCAUCAUCAAGGUGGACCUGGUCCAUUGCUGUCUUAUCAUCAACCUGAAGCUGAAGCUGAAGUUCAAGGUCAAGGUGACAACCACAUAAUUCAUGGGAGCGGAUCAGGAUCAGGAUCAGGAUCAGUUAUGGUGGAUUACAUGCUACACGACCCGAUCAACAAUGCCAUCCCAUCAAGAACAGCUUAUCAUCAUCAUCAUCAUCAUCAUGAACAGCCCAUAAACUGUGUUAGUGGAAGAGGUUAUGCAGAUAGGACCGGCCUCAGCUUCGCAGAUGUUAUGCAGUUUGCAGAUUUUGGGCCAAAGUUGGGACUUAACCGUUUCCAACAACAUCAGCAGGAUGAUGAGAGCACCAAAACCAACACCAUGAUCCCCGGGAAUGGGAUCGACCCUGUUUAUUUUCUCAAAUUUCCUGUGCUUGGGAACUCUGGCAAUACUCGUAGUAUUCAUGAUGAUAGAAAUCAUAGUAUUACUGACAGAGAGGGAGGCUUUGGUGAUCCUCUAGAGGACCUUAGAGAAUAUAGCUACGACCAUCAACAAGAAGAUGCUUCUGCUGCCGGUGUUUUGUUAACAGCAGGAACGUCCAAUAACAGCCUUAGUAACUACACUAAUCCGGUGCAGCUGGAGUUUCUGGGUAAUACUCGUGAUGUGAAUGAUCUUAUGGACUUGAGCACUGGUGAGAAAAGCGGAGCCAACGUGGAACUGGAAGGAAUGGAAGCAGGCGGAGAAGGUGCAGUAGCAGCAGCAGCAGCAAUGGGACAUAACAAGAGCAGCAGCAGCAGCAGCAAGAGGAAAAGGCCUCGAACCAUCAAGACGAAUGAGGAAGUGGAAAGCCAAAGGAUGACUCAUAUUGCUGUUGAAAGGAACCGAAGGAAGCAAAUGAACGAGCAUCUACGCGUUUUAAGGUCUCUCAUGCUCAGCUCCUACGUCCAAAGGGGAGAUCAAGCAUCAAUAAUAGGAGGAGCAAUAGAGUUUGUGAGAGAACUGGAGCAACUGCUACAAUGUCUAGAGUCCCAGAAGAGGAGGAGACUGUAUGGAGAUCAAGGACGGCCAAUUGCAAUGGGUGACUCCAACUCUAACUCCUCCUCAUCGACGACUGUCCUAGGAGUAGGGCUAGUUCAGCAAAUGCCACAAGUACAACCCAUUAGCACUGGCUUUUACACCACCAAAUCAUCAGGCUCUUUGCUUCCGGAAGAGACAGCUGAGAGCAAGUCUUGCAUUGCAGACGUGGAAGUGAAGGUGUUAGGUUUUGAUGCUUUAAUAAAGAUCCUCUCUCGCAGACGACCAGGACAGCUCAUCAAGGCCAUUGCUGCCCUUGAAGAUCUUCACUUCACUAUUCUCCACACGAACAUCACUACCAUUGAGCAAACUGUUCUUUAUUCUUUCAAUGUCAAGGUUGCUAAUGAAGCAAGGUUCACUGCUGAUGAUAUUGCUAGCUCAGUGCAGCAAAUCUUUACGUUUAUUCAUUCCAACACGAAUAUCAAUUAAUACUGCUGUUGUUAUGAUGCCUUCUAUUCAAUAUCGAACUUUUAGUUAAUUAUUUCUUGAUAAAUGCAAACAUGUAUACAACUCAGCUGAUUAGGUACGAGUACGACCUGUGAAGAUACGGUUAAUUGAUUGUACACAUAGGAGUAUUACUAGCUUGAAGUUGCAUGAUGGGAUUGUGGUGUCAAGAAUAGUACUAUUCCAUAUUAGUAUAUUAUGCUA